AUGUCUUCGUACUUCCAAGAGCAGGCCGAGGAGUCGGAGAAUGAAGGAUCUGUAGCCUCGAACAGCUCUGAUGGGCCAAAAUCUAAGAAGAGGAAGGUCGAGAAGAAGAAGAAGCGAAGAAUCGAGUGAGACCUUUGAUUUUUUUUGUGUUUUUCCUUUUUAGAUUGUGGCUUCUUUUUGUUUAUGCCUUUUACGAGGUGUUUCAUCUUGUUUUGCAGCUGAGUUUUGUGUUUUCAGAAGUUCCGAUGAAGAAGAAGAUGAGGAAGAUGAUGAGCUCAAAGCCCGCGAAGAAAUGAAAGGUUUUGUCGUUGAUGAAGACGAAGAUGAGGGUAACGAAGAUGGCAGCGACGAUGAGAAGGUAGUUUUGCUGUUAUUUGUUUGAUUUUUGAGCUUUAGAAAUCAGAAAAGAGCGAGUCUGAUGCCGACGAUCUUCUGGAAGACGACUUGGAUCUUGUCAACGAGAAUAUUGGCAUGAAAGUUGGUGGAAGAGUCCAAAUUAGCGACGAUGAAGAUGACAGAGAGAAAAUUCAACGAGAAUUGUUUAAUGGGGUAAGCGAAAUUUAUUUAUUUUUUCUAAUUUUAGAUGGUCUUUAUGGAGAAUAUAAAAUUUUAUCUUGUAGACUGGAGACGAUUAUGAAGACGACGAUUUCGUUGAGCGCAGACCUCAUAGAAGAGACAGAUCACGUUCCCGGUCUGAGAGUUCACAUGAAAGUGAAGAAGGUAUGAAAUUUUUUGAUGUUGCCAAGUAUAAGGUCCAAUAUUCCAAAAAAAAAUUUUUUUUUGAUUUAUAGAUGACAGAUUCAUUGUCGAAGACGACGAUGGUCACCGAAGACGGAGACAUCGUGGUACCGCUUCUAAUAGAGCGUAAGUUUUUUUUUGGAAAUUUGAUGUCAUGGUGAAUAUAAUUUUUGCCCAUGAAUGUUAUAAAAAUUGUAUUUUCAGCGAGCUCCGAGAAGCGCAAGAUAUUUUCGGGUUCGAGGAUGAGGAUAUUUUGGGGAUGAAUGAGAUUUUCGAUCAAGUCGAUGAUUAUGAAGAUGGAGAAGGAGAUGAGACCCGAAAGGAGAAAACCCUGCUCAGCGUAUUAGAACCAGAGGAUCUGGAGCUCCACAAGUCCGAAGACCACAAAAUUAUCUAUGCGGACAUCCCUGAACGCUUCCAAACUCGGCCAAUUCCAGUGCAGAAAGCCGAAGAAGACGAGUUGAAAUUGGAAGCCCAAUGGAUCAUGAAGAGGGCCUUUGAUCGGCUGAAUGUCAUCUCAGUUCAAGACGGCUAUCAAUUGGAGUUUAUUGAGUCAGGCACAUCGAAUGAGGACACCGUGAAACAGGAGGCUCCGGAGAAGGUGCAAGAAGCCCUAAAUUUUAUCCGAAAUUCGAAUCUAGAAGUGCUGUUCAUCGCGUUCUACAGAAAGGAACAUAUUUAUGAGAUUUUGGGGGUGCAGGAUUUGUGGGCCAUCUAUGAAUACGACGAGAAAUGGCUGCAUCUUCGAGAUCGGCAAGCCCGAUUGAAGGAAUUGCUCAGAAGAAUGGAAUCUUUCGUGAAUGAAGUACCGGAAAGUGAGGGUCUGGUGAGAAGAGUCAAGGCAGAAGACUAUGCGAGGUAACUGGUUUGAUUUUUCUAUCAAAAUUUUGAUUUUUUUCAAUUUUUAGGUCUAGUAUAAUAUAAUUUUUUUUGAACUUCUGAAUUUUUCUUUUUAGAAUUGAAACCGCCGAGACGAAUGAGGAAGUCAACGAUUGUUUCGAGCACUUCCAAUUGUACUAUUCCAACUUUUUGACCAGAAUGGUGCAACAUGAAAUUGAGAAGAACCAGGACCCGGAACAUCAAGCCCAGGCGGUCCCGAAAACCACCGCCAAGAACGAUAAAUACUGGAGCUGCGCCUUGAAUGGCCCUGGCGAUGUUGUCGCCAAGUUUGGGCUGACGGCGGAACAGGUCGCUGAAAAUUUUGAGUUCCCCCGGCAUAUCGCCGAAUCCAACCCGCAAGCCCCGUUGGAAGUGGCCAAAGACCUUGUCAAUCAACUCUUCGAAACCUCGGAAGUGAUUAUUAGAGGCGCCAAGUAUGUGUUCGCAUAUCAGCUGAGUCGCGAGCCGGCUGUGAGACGGCGAGUUCGACAGGUGAGCCACUAAUGUCAAGUACAAUAUAAUUUGCUUCAGAUGUACCGGAAUUACGCGAAGCUGAGGGUCUACCCGACUCGCAGAGGUCAAGUAGACAUUGAUGAGUCCAAUCCCAUCUUCCCCCGCCGCUAUUUGGUCGGCAAACCGGUCAGAGAAUUGGAAAGAGCCGAGUUCUUGGAGUAUCAUGCCGCCAAAGAACAGGGAUUGUUGAAUGUUGAGGUCUACGUGGACCCCAAAGGCUCCAUCGAGGGACACAACAUUGCUGAAGACUUUAUGAACACUGAGGAUGUGUUUGGGGAAACCACCGAGACCAGUCAUUCGGCCAUGGAAUGGAAAAGACUCCGGGAAGAGGCGCUGGAACAGUGCAUCAUGGACAUUUUGUGCCCGUACUUUGCCAAAGAAACGUAUGAAGUGUUGCUAGAUGAGUCGAGAAAGCAUGUACUGAAAGUAGGUUGAUUUUAGAGGGGUUUUGGAAAAGUUACAGCUGAUUUUUGGACAGUGAUACCUAGUGUAAUAUAAUUUUUGAUGAAAAGUCAAAAAUUUUUGGGAAUUUUCAUAUGAUUUGGAUGUUUUCAGGAGUGUCGAGCCAAACUGGAAAAAGCCUUGAUGGUCGGCCGCUACAGACCGACCAUUGAAUACGCGAAUGAGGAGGAGGAAAGAAGGGAGCCGGAGCAGGACUCGGAGAACAAGAAUUUCCCCCCAGCCCGUAUUGUGGCAAUCGCCCCGACCGCCGAAUUUAGCGGAGAGAGCCAGGCAGUCGCUCUGGAUGAGAAUGGAGUUGUCCUGGAUCAUUGUCCGGUCACUUUUCAUUCAAAAUUUAGAGAUCAAGGGGUAAGUGUAAUAUAAUUUAAUUUUUGGAGAUAAAUAGCAGUUUUUUGAGGGAUAAGGGUUUUUUUGUGGUUUUGAGGCCCUUGUGGGAGAUUUGAAAAGCUUUGCCGUUGGUUUGGAGAGAAAAAAUUGAAAUUUUUAUAUUGUAGUAGAUAUCAAAAUUUGGAGAUAAAUAGCAGUUUUUUGAGGGAAUACGGACUUUUUGAAGUUUUUAGGAGCUUAUAGGAGACUUGAAUCAGUUUGCAGUUUGUUUGGAGAGAAAAAAUUGAAAUUUUUAUAUUGUAGUAGAUAUCAAAAUUUGAAGAUAAAUAACUGUUUUUGAGGGAAUACGGAUUUUUUUGAAGUUUUUAGGACAUCUUGGGAGAUUUUAAUCACUUUGCAGUUGAUUUAGAGAGAACAAAAUUUUGAUUUUUUAUAUUGUAUUAUAGUAGAUAUCAAAAUUAUUUUUUUUUUCGAUUUUCCAGGUGAACUGGGAUGUUUCGCUCCGCGCAUUCAUUGCGAUGUGUAGAAAAUACCGCCCGCAUGUCAUAGCCAUCGCCGGAACGGACUUGCGCUCGGUGAAUUUGAAGCGGGACCUGGAAAGAAGUCUGGACGAGGCUGUGGACGAUCAACGAUUGGAGAUUCGAAUACCCGUGGAAAUUGUCUCAGCAGAAGUGGGGAGGAUAUUCAGCAACAGCAAGACUGGAAGAGUAUGAAUUUUGCGGUUUUUUGGGGGAAUUUUGCGAUUUUUUUGGCAAGGAAAGAACUUCUAUGGGGUAUGGAGUUGCAGGUCGAGACAUGUAUCAAAAAAUCGCAAAAUUUUGCUGAUUCAGUAUGUGUAAAAGUUUGCUGUCUAAUUUUGGUUUGUAAGGGUGAAAAAGUCCUCAGAACUUUUCUCACAACACCACGCAAAUGCCUUUUUUUUUGACCGAGUUUUUACCAAAUCAAAAGGUUUUUUUCGAGCUCAUACCUACUUAUUAAGGUGUAGUAUUAAUCAAAUUUGAUAUUUUCAAGGCUUGUCAAGAAGCCAGGGUUUACGUUAGCUCAAAAAAAGCUUUUGAAUUUGUAAAAACUUGGUCAAAAAAGAAGCAUUUGCGUGGUGUUGCAAGAAAAGCUCUGAGGAUUUUUUCACCCUUACAAACCAAAGUUAGGCAGCUAAUUUUUACAUAUUCUGAAUCAGAAAAGUUUUGCGAUUUUUUUGAUGUAUGUCUCGACCUGUAACUCCAUACCCCAUUGAAGUAUUUCCUUGUGAAAUUUUUAUACGAAAAUGGGUGGAUUUGGAUUUUUUUUUUGGAUUUUUUGGUGGUAGAAAUCUUUUUUACCGAGGUGUAGUGUGGAUGAAAAUUUGCAGGAAGAGUUCCCCCACCACAACCCCAACACCCGACUCGCAAUCUCCGUCGGCCGCUGCCUGCGCGACCCGUUGUUGGAGUACGCACGCCUGUACAACAAGGAGAAGGAUUACUUGAGCAUACGCCUCCACCCGAUGCAAGCCAACGUCCCCGAACGCGACCUCAGCUGGGCCUUCCAACGAGAGUUUGUGAACCGCGUGAAUGAGGUCGGCGUGGACAUCAAUUACUGCAUCGAAUUCCCCCAUACCAACGGCGUAAUGCAGUUUGUUUGUGGGUUCGGCCCGAGGAAAGCGGAACAUGUGAUGCAGUUACUGGAACAUCAGAGCUUGAUCUUGGAUGCGAGGUGAGUGGGAGAUGCAUUUGAGGGGAAUUGAUGGUAGUUGGAGGGGAUUUUUGAGAGCUUUUAUAUUAUACUAGGUAGCUUGGAGAAAAUUUUUUAAAAAAUCAUGGUUUUUGACUUUAACUUUAUGAUUGAUGGUGUUUUAAGGUCGAAACUGGUCACACUGUGCUCUCUGGGACCCACGAUAUUCAUCAAUUCCGCCGGCUUCAUCAAGAUUGACAUUGAAAAAGUACGAGAUACGGCUGAAGAUUAUGUAGAACAAUUAGACGGCUCGAGAGUCCAUCCCGAAACAUACGAAUGGGCCCGGAAAAUGGCCAUGGAUGCGCUGGAGUACGACGAAACGAAUGACCCGGCAAACGCGAUCGAUGAUGUCAUUCAACAGCCGGAUCGACUGAAAGAACUUGAUCUUGAUGCCUUUGCCGAAGAACUGGCUAGACAAGGAUUCGGAAACAAGCAAAUCACUUUAUAUGACAUUAGAGCCGAGCUGAAUCAUCGGUAUAAAGAUCUGCGACAGCCGUAUCAGAGCCUUCAAGGCAUGGACCUGUUCAAUAUUUUGGUCCCAAAUCCCGAUUUGUUCUUGCCUGGUAAGAAGAUUGGGGAGAUUUAGGGGUGAAUUGAAGGAUUUAGGAGAUGUAUAGAGAGUUGGAGUUUGAUUGGGAGGGGUUGAGCAGGGAUUUGAGAUCAAUAUAUAUAACUUUACAAGGAAAGUAUAUACUUAUAUGGGGUAUGGAGUUACAGGUCGAGACAUGUAUCAAAAAAUCGCAAAAUUUUUCUGAUUCAGAAUAUGUAAAUGUUGGCUGCCUAAUUUUGGUUUUUAGGGGUGAAAAAAUCCUCAGAACUUUUCUCGCAACUUCACGAAAAAUACCUUUUUGACCAAGUUUUUACCAAAAUCAAAAGCUUUUUUUUGAGCUAAAGUAAACCCGGGCGUCUUGACAAGGCUUAAAAUAUCAAAUUUGAUUAAUACUACACCUUAAUCAGUAGUUCAUUUUUACAUUGGAUUCCUUUUUAUAUUGGAACUACUAAUUAAGGUGUAGUAUUAAUAAAAUUUGAUAUUUUAAGGCUUGUCAAGAUGCCAGGGCUUACUUUAGCUUAAAAAAUUGCUUUUGAAUUGGUAAAAACUUGGUCAAAAAAGGCAUUUGCGUGGUGCUGCGAGGAAAAUUCUGAGGAUUUUUUUCACCCUUACAAACCAAGAUUAGGCAGCUAACUUUUACAUAUUCUGGAUUUGAAAAAUUUUGCGAUUUUUUUGAUUUAUGUCUCGACCUGUAACUCCAUACCCCAUAGAAGUAUACACUUUCCUUGUAAAGUAAUUUAAAUUUAUCUCAAAUUCCUGCUCAACCCCUCCCAAUCAAACUCCAACUCUCUAUACAUCCCCUAAAUCCUCCAAUUCUCCCAUAAAUCUCCCCAAUCUUAAUGAUUGUAGGCAAGUUGAUCACCGGCCGCGUCCAACGAGUCCAGAUGAAGAAAUCGGACCCUGACCGCGGCCCAAUGGACGAGAACGACUCGAGGAAUCAGGUGGGCGUGAGGGUGAUCCUGGACGAGGGAGUGAACGGCUUCAUCCGCCGAAAAGACUGCUCCGACGACCCGGACUCGAUCCGCGACUUGAACGACGUCUUCAAACAACAGAUGCCGAUCAUCUGCAAAAUCCUCCAGUUCAACGAGAACAACUUUUCCUGCAACCUCAGCUGCAAGGGAUCGGACUUGAAGUCGGGCCAACCGCAGCUGGACAAGUACUUUGAUACGCCCAGGUGCGAACAGGACAACCGAAAAUUGGACAUGCGCAAGACAAUGAACACGUUCAAGACCCGAUUUGUGAAGCGGGUCAUCUCCCAUCAGGCCUUCCACAAUGUCACCCAUGCUGAUGCGGAGCGAAUGCUGAGGACCAUGAACCAAGGCGAAGCCAUCAUCCGACCCUCAUCGAAAAGCAUGAACCAUUUAACGGUGACCUGGAAAGUGGCCGAAGGCGUGUAUCAACACGUGAAUAUCGCCGAAAGCAAGAAGAAACAUUACUUUAACUUGGGGAAGGAACUGAAAAUUGAUAAAGAGGUGGGAAUUGGAGAGGUUUGAGUUGAAAGUGGAGGAAAUUUGGCGGAAAAAGAAAUUGGAGAAUUUUUAUUCUUUGGCUAAAAAAUUUGUCGAAGUUUUGGAAUUUUUUAGCGAAUUGUCAUAGGAAAAGAUAACCAGCUAAAAAUUGCCCUUAAAAAAUCUCAAAAAGUGUUGGAAUUUUGGCAUUUUUGGACUCAAAAAAUCUCAGCGAACAAUUUCUAAACUUUUUGGGAAAGAAAAAUAAAUUUUCCACUGUAAUUUUAUAGUAGACAGCUCAAAAAGUUUUAUCAAAAAUCCGGAUUUUUUUAGCUAAAAAAUCUCGAUUUGCCUCAAAAUUUCGAUCUAAAAAUCUCAAACAUGUCCUAUCAGUCUGUCGGGAAAAUAAUGAGCACUGUGUCGCACAUCAACCACAAAAAAAAAGAGUUUCAAAUCGGGAAAACUGUUUGCAUAACUUUGUUAGGGUGCCCAAGGGUAGCUCAAAUUAAAAAUUGGAAACGAGUCGGACUGACCAAAAAAUAGUAGUAGUAGUAGAUUUGAAAACCUUAUUUUAGACAUCUUUUGCCACUAAAUCGUUUCGUAACGAAGCAAUUGCCUAAAUUCUUUUUUCUAUGAGCAUAAUUAGAGUAUUUUUAGAGAACAAUAAGCAACCCUGUGUCAUAUACUAGCUUACUCACUCAAAAUUCCAAAAAAAGUGAUAUUUAGGUGACUAAAAUAAUAUUUUAAAAAUCGGUAAAUUUUGGCUCAGCUAGGUCCAUUAUGAUCUAAAAAGACAAUAAGAGCAUAAUUAGCGGCAUCCGCACCAGUUUAGAAGCUGUUCUAAGAACCUUGUUUUAGGUGAUAUUGGCCAUUUUUGAAAUUGGCGCAGCGAAGUUGAAACCAACUCCAAAAGCUCAGUAUAGCCUUAGAAAGCCAUCUCAAUUUACAUAGAUAAUUUUAAAACUUUGACUUCAGUCAUAAACUUUCAUUAUUUUUGGUAUAAGAUCAGGUAUGCUACUAUAAGGUAAAACUUUUUUUCGACCUAAGAGUUAAAAUUUUUGCAGUUAAUCUCCCUUAACAGGAUGUUAUGAGAUAAUAUAGUUAAGCUUACUUUUUUAUUAUCUGUCCGAUUUGCUUCAAACUUCGCAUACUACCUUAGAAUACAAUAUUCUGAAGAUCGUUGCAAUCACUUUCCGUGUUUCAAUCGUUUCAGACAAGUUAUUCAGCCGCAAAGUUUGCAAAAAUUCGAUUUUCUCCGGCAGUUUGUCGCUAACCUGGUGGCCGAAGAACGCCAAAAUCCAUUAAUUUAAAAAAUAUGGGUCCUUGGCAAUGUUUUAAUCGCAGGUUCAUGUUAUUUUGUUCAUUACCCACUGCACAGUAAGCUAAAACAUUAGAGACCCUUAAAAAACCGAAUGCCAAAAAUCUUGGCAUUCUGUUUGUGGUUGAUGUGUGUCGCAUCGAAACUGCUGCCGAGAAAGUGAAUUGUGCGGCAAAAAAAUUGCAUUGCAUUCCAGCGACGCAAUCAGCGACAGAGUGCUCAUUAUUUUCCCGACAGACUGAUAAGACAUGUUUGAGAUUUUUAGGCCGAAAUUUUGAGGCAAAUCGAGAUUUUUUAGUUAAAAAAUUGCGGAAUUUUGAUAAAAUUUUUGUGAGCUGUCUAGUGUAAGAUUACUGUGGAAAAUUUAUUUUUCCUUACCCAAAAAGAUUUAGAAAUUGUUUGAGCAGAUUUUUUGAGUCGAAAAAUGCCGUAAUUUCAAUAUUUUUUGAGAUUGUUUGCAGUUUACCUAAAGUAAUAUGGAUGAUUUUAGUCAUACGAAGACUUGGACGAAAUCCUCGCCCGUUUCGUCACACCCAUGGCCGAAUACGCGAGAGAGGUGCUGGGCCACAAGUACUCGCUGGAAGGCUGGAUCUUCGAGGACCACAAGGAAGAAAUCGAAGCCAACAUCAAAGCCCAACGAGAACAGGCGCCGGCCCGAAUCCCCUACGUCUUCACGGUGUCCAGAGAGUUCCCCGGGAAGUUUGUGAUCUCCUACCAACUCCGAAAACCCCUCCACGAAUACUUUACGGUGACGCCGGAGGGCGUGCGCUUCCGACAACGCACCUUCCCCACCCUGGAAUCAAUGAUCAACUGGUUCAAACAGCACUACAGAGAGAUGCCGAGACGUUGA